AUGGUCGACAACGCUUACAUCGGCCGUCCUCAAGAGGAGGUUCAGGUUGAGCCUGAAGCCUCCAACGAUGCUCUGGAUGACGUCUUUGGGUCGGGCCCCUCAUCGCCGACGGCGGAGCAUCAUCGUGAUGAAUCGGUUUCUCAUCCUUCUGACAUCAACCGCUUGCAAACAGAGCACACGACAGCAGGCUACCGAGAAGGAAUCACUGUCUCAAAGGAAAAGAGUCUACAAGAGGGCUUUGACGAAGGCUUCAGUCUAGGCGCGACCGUAGGACUCAAAGCCGGUCAGCUCCUCGGCGUACUAGAAGGCAUCGCCGAAGCAGCACGCACACCCGAAACCACCUCACUCCUCCGCCAAGCGCGCGAAGACCUGAGCGUGCAGGGCAUCUUCAAGCCCGACUACUGGGCCGAGGACGGCAACUGGAAGUACGAAGUCAAAGCCGAUGGCGACGAUGUUGUGUUUGCGGACGUGGCCGACGCGCACCCGCUGAUCAAAAAGUGGACGGCUGCCGUGGACGAGCAGGUGGCGCUGUGGAGGAUCGACAGGGGCGUCUUGGAUGAUGAGACGGGGGAGAGGCUUGAGGGUGUCAUGGAUGAGCCGCUUGUCUCGGCUGGUGCACCGGCUACUAAGAAGCCGCUUGAUUGGUGA